AUGUCAGUGACUACAACAGACAAUGCGCGUGUCAACGCCUUGCGCCACGUCCUCGCGGACUACGACUUGCAUCAUGACCAACCUUUGGACUCGGAGUCGAGAGGAGCACCAGAGCCAAAUCCACAAGAAACUGCAAUCACUUCGAACAACCCUCCUGGGUGGGAAACGCAAUGGAGGAGAGUACCGGCUCAUAGGCCAGUCGACCCUACUCUGCUCAAUGGUGACAGGAAUCAGGCCAGUAAUGCCAUUGAACGGAACUUCAUUAGGGUGAUGUUUUCAGGGGUUUAUUUGCAAGCUACUGUAAGCUCAUUGUGGCGAGCCACUGGUGGGAAAUUGUCAGACAGGGUGUUCAGGAUCAAGGUUGGAGGAGAGUGGUGA